AUGGUCGGCACAAUAACAUGCGAGAACUUUUGCAACUCGGCGGCGUCAUUCACCAGCGCACAGGGUAUCGUCCAUAACCCCCAUCAGCCUGGAUACUCGGCAGGCGGCAGCGGGAAGACUCGCCCGUCCUGGAGCUGUCCUAGAGGACAUUUCUGCUCCGCUUCAUCUGCAAGUGCCAGCUGUGUGGGCGCUUCAGCAGCAUAUUUCCGGUUCCUCGGGCUGGAGACGGCACAGCUGCCUUGGAGCAACUCAAACUCCCGGAAGCUCUUCCCGUCAACGAAGAAUACCCUGAUCAACGGACUAUACCCAUCUGCUAAAUUUCCCGGACUGUAUAGAAAAACGCCGAAUAUUGGCCGUCAGAUUCGCGACGCGUACCAGCGCGUCUUUGACAAGUACGUCGUCAUCAUGCCCACAACACCAUUCGUUGCGCCGCGGCAUGCGGACUGGAAAAGGCACGGGGUCCUCGGGUCCUUUGAGCCCACAUGCACUAUUUGGUUGACCACAAACACGGCCGUGUUUCCUGUCACGGGACACCAGGGCAUAAGUCGUAGGCUCAGCCGUCCUAUUCACGUAUAUAUAGUAGUCACUCAACCCCCACUUAUUGCUAAAACAUCAAAGACUUUUAACAUUCUUCGAGAUUAUCGUAGAAUCAAGUGUUUUGCUCUAAGCCUUCGUAUCGAGCCCUCGUCACAGUUCCUCUUGGGUUUCUUCCCUCUGCGGACGAUCAAAACGUUCGACUGCCCGUCGGCAUGCGGAUUGUACGAGGUCUCUGGGGGGAGGAGACGGUACCGAUGGAUGAACAUGCCUGGGAGUCGAACUUUGACUGACGCAACUAUCUCCAAGGACGAUGAAACACUGUGUUUCGGAGGGCUCAAAGCCAGGCUUCUCCCCGUGUGA